UUUUUUGUUCUCUCAAAGUAUUAAAGUGAAAAUGGUGAAAGAAGUAUGCACGUUAGAUGUGAAUGGAUAUAUGUCGGUUUCGAUGUGAAUUUAGAAGAGACCGUUGAUCGAAGAGUAUUUGUUUACGUAGAUAGCGGAAGCUGUUGUUUCAACGGCAGAAACAUUCAGUGACUAUCCAGUUUAACUAACUUCAAUGAGGAGCUGUUAAAGCCUUGUUUGAAGCUGUAUGUGCCCCAUGGAGCUUGUAAUUAUGUCGUCUUGACUGGCAGAAGAACUCUGGGCACUGUAUGGGCUUUAAGAGAGGUUUGGUGGAAUGGGAUCUUGGAGUGCCAAAUUGUGUGGAACAGAACAAGCAGACACCUCUACUGUGCAAAGAAAACCAUAUGAAUGCAGGAAAAGGAAACGUAGGUCUACCUGCCAAUGUGACAGUGAGAGUGAAGAAGAUCCAGAUCGUCUCCUCAACACACCCCGCAGAAAAAUGCUGAAAACCACAUCAACUUAUAUUUACCAAACCUUGUUUCUAAAUGGACAAAACAGUGAUAUUCAAAUCUGUGCUCUGGGACAGGAGUGGGACUUGCACAAGGUAUACCUGUGCCAGUCUGGCUACUUCUCAAGCAUGUUCAGUGGUUCUUGGAAGGAAUCAAGCAUGGCUGUCAUCCAGCUAGAAAUACCUGAUGAGAACAUCGAUGUAGAAGCUCUACAGGUGGCAUUUGGAUCUUUGUACCGUGAUGAUGUCCUGAUCAAGCCCAGUAAAGUAGUAGCAGUUCUAGCUGCUGCAUGCAUGCUUCAGUUGGAUGGUUUGAUUCAGCAAUGUGGGGAGACAAUGAAAGAAACAGUCAGUGAUAAGACGGUCUGUUGUUAUUACAUAUCUGCAAGCACCUAUGGCCUGGACUCUGUCAAGAAAAAGUGCUUGGAAUGGCUUCUAAAUAACCUUAUGACUCACCCAAGUGCUGACCUACUGAAACAGCUCAGUGUACGUAUGAUGGAGCAGUUAGUGAGGUCACCAGAUCUCUUUGUAAUGCAGGUGGAAAUGGAUGUUUACACCACCCUCAAAAAGUGGAUGUUUUUGCAGCUGGUACCUUCAUGGAAUGGAAAUCUGAAACAUCUCCUAGUUGAUGCCGACAACUGGAUAUCAAAGCAGCAAAAAGAGUACCAUGAGGAGGGGAUUUCAUUCUUAGAAUCUGAGCGGGGUGCCCCGUUUACCUCUGUAUUCAAGCAUAUUCGCUUACAGUAUGUCAUCAAUGAUUUAGCAUCUGCUAGGAUAGCAGAGCGUGAUGCCAUCAUUCCUUGUGAGUGGCUAUUAGCAGCAUACAAACAGCAGUGGUUUGCAAUGUUAAGGGCAGAGCAUGACAGUGACUGGGAUGUUAUGCAGGUACUGGCAUAUAUCCUGGCAGCUUUGGGCACAAGCCCACGAGAUGUAAACAAGGAGGAGUUCGAGUUAAAUAGUAUGAGAUGUGGCAGGAAACUGACCAGGGAUGGUGAUUACUGCUGGAGGUGGACAGGGUUUAGCUUUGGCUUUGAUCUGUUAGUGACGUACACCAACAGGUUUAUUGUCUUUAAAAGAAAUACACUGAGCCAGCCUUGCAGUGGUUCUGUCAGUCUACAGCCCCACAGGAAUAUUACAUACAGGUUGCGAUUGGCUUCCUUUGAUGUCAAUGGUAAGGUUAUCUUCAGCCGCUCUACUGGGUGCCAGGUGCUCUCACUUGAGAAGGACCAGGAGUAUGUUGUGAUGAACCUGGACAGCCGACUGCUGGUGUUUCCAUUGUACAUUUGCUGUAACUUCCUCUUCACACAGCCUCGCAGCAGAGGACAAGAGAGCACAAGACAGCGUGGUCGAAGUAACUCCUCUUGACUGCGUGUCUUUCUCCACCCUGUCUACCAUGUAGUACGAUACCAGUUAAAAGCCAGUAUGUGACAUUUCGCCACUUUAAGAACUUUUAAAAAAUACCAUUGCAUUUUAUAUAAUGUGUAUAUAUAUAUUUUUUAUGCUUUAAAAUAUUAAAAUGCAAUAUGGGCAUAAGAACACAGUUGUUCCAUUUUCACUGAUUUACAUUGGCUCAUCAUUUGAGGAUUUGUAAAUUGAAGUUGUGCGACAGUGUUGAAAGUUGUCUAAGCAGUACUUUGUUAAUCUAAAGAGAAUGUCAUCUUUUUUUUAUUUUAAAACUGGAUUUGGAAGUUAAGACAUUCCUUUGCAUCAAAGCUCUAACAUUGGCUACAUUUUGUUCUUCCUUCUGUAUUCUCAAUUUUCUGCCUUGUUUUUGUAAUUUAUGAAACUUUGCUAAAACAAGGAAGCACAUUUAUUGCUGUGUCUCCAGGUUAUUCAAUAAAAACCAGACCAGUUUGCCAUC